CGAUUCAUGAGCUCCAAUCAGAUACGACCACUUCUCGGGCAAGUCUUGUGUUAGCCACUGUUUUCUUUUUCUCUCCACAAAAUCAGACUUUAAACUUUCCUUUUCUCAUAUCCAUUUUCAAAUAUAAUAUAAUAUUACACACUGAGAGAGACUGAGACUAGAAGAAGAAGACGAAGAACCAGAUUAUCUCGGAGAACGACAAAAAUGGCACAAGUAGCAACCUCCGCUAUCGACGUCGCCGUAGUUGACGAUUUUUACUUCUCCGCACUCUUCGACGAAGCUCCGGCGGAAGUUUUGCCAGUCUCCGACGCUAAGUACGCCGAGGAGUUACAGUUUCAGGAGGCACUCGUGUCGUCGGCCGAAGCGACCAGAAACCAAACGACGAUCGUUAAUCCGUCGUUUCCUUCUUCUUCUUCGUCUUCGGCGUCGUUUUUGAUGUCAUCGGCCACACCGUCGUCGAUGAUAGUCAAAGUUCAGAUACCGAUGAUCGGCGAAGAUGAGGAUGAGGAGGAAGAGAUCGGCCAAUCGUCGCAAGUCUACUGCGAAAUCUGCGCGGAGAGGAAACCGACGGACGAGAUCUUCCCCAACGCGAGUUGUUGCGCACACACGUACUGCUCCGAUUGCAUAGGGAGACACGUGGCGAGCAAAAUCCAGGAGAGCCUGACGGUGGUGGCGUGCCCUGGGUUGGAUUGCAGAGGCGUGCACGAACUGGAGAUCGAGUCGUGCAGGUCGAUUUUGCCGAGGGAGGUGGUGGAGAGUUGGGACGAGGCUCUGUGCCAAGCUCUGCUGAUGGAAUGCGAGAAGUUUUACUGUCCGUUCAAGGAUUGUUCGGCGGUUUUGGUGAGGGAAAUUGGGGAAGAAGAGGAGGUGAUAAUGGAGUCGGAGUGUCCGAUAUGCCAUAGACUGUUCUGCGCGCGGUGCAAUGUGGCGUGGCAUUCGGGGGUUGGGUGCGAGGAGUAUGAGAGAUUGAACGAAGACGAGAGAGGGCGUGAGGACUUGAUGGUGACGGAAAUGGCGAAUGAGAAGAAGUGGAAGAGGUGCCCUCGUUGUAAAUUCUAUGUUGAAAAAAUCGAUGGUUGUUUGCAUAUUUCUUGCAGGUGCAAUUACCAGUUUUGUUAUGGAUGUGGUUCAGAAUGGACUCAAACCCAUGAUGCUAGUUGUCAGAGAGGUUAAUUUGACUCAUGGUAAUGAGAAAGAAUAUCAUAAAUUAGCUUCUAAUAUCCAAAUUGUCAAUAGACAUGUUUGUUACCCUUUUCAACUACUUGUGAUAAGAUGCUUGGAAUUUGUAGAUUUGUCUCAAUUCAAACUUACAUUUACCCUUCCUCUUGUUAGAUUUUUAUAAAUUAAGUAAACAAAAUGUGUAUGUAUGUAUGUAUGUAUCUAUUCAUUUUCUCUC